CCUCCGUUUUACUUGGACUUCGGACUUGUUUUAAAGAAGAUUUACAAGCUUCUCCUGCUGAAAUGCUUUAUGGAUCUACUCUUCGUUUACCUGGAGAAUUUUUCAUUGAUGAAGAUUUGCCUGCGGAUCCUGAAAUUUUUAUUGAAAAACAUAGAGAACAUAUGAGAUUGAUUAAAUCCAGACCUACUGCUCAUCAUUGUAAAACUACUCCUUUUCAUCAUCCUGCUUUGUCUGAUUGUUCUCAUGUUUGGCUCAGAGAAGAUUGUUUAAAGAAAUCACUUCAACCACCUUAUUCUGGCCCUUUUCGUGUUGUUAAACGUGUUAAUGAAUACCUUUUUACUAUUGAUAUUGCAGGUAAAAUUGUUAACGUCUCCACGGAACGUCUCAAACCAGCCUUUUUACCCAAGGAAAUUCCUCUGGAUCAUCUUGCUGUUUCUUUUCCUGCCACUUCAUCCAUUCCUUCAGUUUUGCCUUCUCGACCUUUAAGAACAUACUGUGGUCCCAAGAAGAAAGUUCGUUUCGCAACGUAGAACGUCGCUGGGGAGGGAGUACUGUGGCAGCCCUUGCGAUUUAUUCCCCAUUUUUAGUUAUUUUCUAGUUUCUUUAUUUAUUUGUUAUCAAACUAAUUUCAAGCAAUUUAUGUUUCUUAGAUACUAAAAAAAAGGAAUGUUGUUUAUUAAAAAAAGAAAUUAUUUAUUCUUUUGUAAGCUUGAUAUUAGUAAACACGUAUAACUUUA